CGCUACAGGAUACUGAGGAGGAUCAACAAAUUUGAGGAGGUUUUGUGCGUGGGAUCAUCAGGAGGAAGGCGAGAUGAGGGUAUCAUCAGCCAUAGCCAGAUCUUCAUCAUCACCUGCAAGAUUCCUAGAAAAACAGACCAAGGUGGUGACUGUUUUAGGACUGCUGGAGGGACCCACACUGAAGUGGGCCACCUCAACUUCCAGCAGUCUGCAGCAGUCCAUGGAGGACUGGGCGUUUGGGCUGGGGGUGGACAGAGUUCUGCAGGCCAUGGAGGACCGUUUUGCAGACAAGGAGCGGGCCCGCAAGGCCGCUGACAUGAUUGCUCGCCUGGGACAGCAGCAGUACAGCGGGACUUUGCAGGCCGUGUUUGCUGAGUUUGAGCAACUCACCUCCACCCCUGGGUUGGUCAUGAGCCCUGAUGAUUUACUGACCAACUUCUGCAAGGCAGCGCCUGAGAAGUUUGUUGUUGCUCUUUACAGCGUUGGGCACAAGGGCUGGAGGUCCUUUGGCCGUGCAGCCCUGGAAAUGGAGGCCAAGCUCCAUACAGAUGCUCCCCCUGUUUUCUGUCCUCCUGAGAUACAGCAGGUGGUAGAUCAGUAUGCUGAUCUGAUGCAGGAGCCCUUUGGGUUACCCAACCGGCCAACCAAGCAUCACAUCGAGCUGCUGCCUGGAGCGGUCCCUCCCAAGGGUCGCAUCUACAGGAUGUUCCCUGCUGAGCUUGAGGAGCUCAGAAAGCAGCUUGAGACCCUGACCAGCAAAGGCUGGAUCAGACCCAACACAUCUGAAUUUGGUGCACCUGUUCUCUUUGUACCCAAAGGGAACGGCGAGUUCAGGAUGUACAUUGAUUACAGGGGUCUCAAUAAGAUCACUAGGAAGAGUACUGAGCCACUUCCUAGGAUCGAUGACCUCCUGGACAUGGUGCAGGGCUGCACAGUGUUCAGCAAAGUCGACCUCAAAUUUGGCCACCACCAGAUUGAGAUGGCAGAGGAGGAUGUCUACAAAACAGCCUUCAAGACCAUGUAUGGGACGUACGAGUUUCUGGUCAUGCCAUUUGGACUUUGCAACGCCCCGGGCUCCUUCCAGACAGAGAUGUACCGCAUCUUCAGGCCUUACCUGGACAAGUUUAUGGUUGUCUACCUGGAUGAUAUCCUGGUAUUCAGCAAAACUGUCAGGGAACAUGCGGAGCACUUGGCUCUUGUUCUUCAAUCAUUACGUGAUAUUCUUCAGCAGGAUGAUGGGAAUAGUCUACGGCCUGUAGAGUUUAUGAGUAAGAAGAUCAAGACUCAAAAGCUCCAGGACUCCACCUACGAGAAAGAGUUGUAUGCUCUUGUCUGUGGCCCGAAACAUUGGAAACACUUUCUCCUGGGCAGGCACUUCAAGAUCUUCUCAGAUCAUUCCACCUUGCAGUGGAUGAAGUCCCAGGGAGAGUUGAACGAUAAGCUGACAUGGUACAUUCAGUUCAUUGACAUGUUUGACUUUGAACUGAAGCACAAGAAGGGCUGCUACAACAAGGUAGCAGAUGCCCUCUCUCGUAGGCCUGACUCUUUUGCGUUGAUCUCCUCUACUCACUCCUUUGGAGAGGAGACCCGUCAGACCAUUGCUCGUCUACUGCCUCAGGACGAGACUUUCGAACCCAUUGUCAGGAAUCUGCAAGCAGAUCCUAACUCUGAACCAGGCUAUGCUCUGAGUUCAGACCUGUUGUAUACUUGCAGCAGAGGUGAGGAGCGCUUGAUUCCCCAGGACCAGCGGCUCAGGACACUGCUGAUGUCAGAGUGUCAUAAUGCCCGAGGACAUUUCGGGUUCCUAAAGUCUUAUGCAGCCCUGUCGCAGCGCUUCUUCUGAAAGGAGAUGCGGAGUGAGAAGCUGCGUUAUGUGGACACCUGCGAGCUCU